GUGCAAUCUUACAAAGUUCGUCCACUUCCUCUCUGACUCUUUGCCGUCUCCUCGUCGUAGUGACAUCGUCUAAUUCUUCGGUAAAGGUCGUUAUUUUAUCAAUAUGCCAUUCGUGCAGCUGCAGACCAACAUGGCGGCCUCCUGCUUUUCCGAGGACUUCCUGCACAAGAUUAGCAGCUGCACCGCAUCGGCUUUGGGAAAACCUCAGGACNNGAUGAAUGUGAUCAUAAUGCCAGGAUUGCCGAUGCUGAUGGCUGGCUCUUCCUCUCCUUGUGUCAUCCUGUCCAUAUCUGCCAUUGGAGUGACAGACACCGCUGACAAAAACAAGGAGCACAGCAUCAAGAUGUUUGACUUUCUGACUAAAGAACUUGGUCUAACUGAAGACCGGAUUGCAAUUCAGUUCCACGCACUGCAGCCUCACCAGGUUGGAAAGAAGGGAACAGUGAUGACAUUUUUAUGAAGGAUUCUCCUGCUCCUGAUGUGACUCAAUUUACAUUUUGAUUAUUACAGAUGAAAUCAAAGUCACUGUAAAACUGUAGUACAAUAUUGAAUGAUUA